GAGGCGAGUUCUCGCGAGACUCCGGCGCUGCCGCAGAAGGAGACCGCUCCGUCGCUGAGGGGGGGAAAAGAAAAGGCAGGAGAAGGCGACGCCGAAGGGCGCCCGGAGUCCGCGACGCCCGCCUCGUCUUCCUUCCUUCCUUCCUCCUCCUCCUCUUCCUCUUGCCUCCCCUUCCCCUCUCCUCCCUCGCCGACCGCCGCCCCCGCGCCCCCUGCCCGCUCUUCCUCCUCCUCAGCCGCCGCCGGGACGAUGCUGCGGGGCCCAGCCACCCUCCCCGCGGCCCUCUCGCUCCUCCUCCUCCUGGCCACGGCGGGGAGCCUCUGGCCGACGCCGGUGGGCGCGCAGAGCGCUGGGUUUGUCAAGUCGCCUAUGUCAGAGACUAAGCUCACAGGGGACGCCUUUGAACUGUAUUGUGACGUGGUUGGGAACCCCACCCCAGAGAUCCAGUGGUGGUACGCUGAAGUCAACCGGGCUGAAUCUUUCAAACAGCUGUGGGACGGUGCUCGAAAGCGCCGCGCCACCAUUAACACUGCCUACGGGGUGAAUGGCGUGAGCGUGCUGAGAAUCACUCGUCUUACCUUGGAAGACUCUGGGACGUAUGAGUGCAGGGCGAGCAACGACCCCAGAAGGAAUGACUUGAGGCAAAAUCCUGCCAUAACGUGGAUACGAGCCCAGGCUACUAUAAGCGUCCUUCAGAAGCCCAGGAUCAAUUCCAGUAAUGAAGUGACCAUUACCUCCCCUCAAAUCCCCAUCACUCUACAGUGCAACCUCACAUCCAGCCCUACCCCCCUCAUUAACAGCUACUGGGUGAAGAAUGGAGAGGACAUUCCAAGUACCAUGAAGAACACAAACACCACAGAAUACAAAAUCACAAAGCCCAGAGCUGAUGAUUCAGGGGAAUAUUGGUGUGUAUUUGUAUUUGUUGCCUCCCCAGUAGCAAAUGCUUCAAUAGAAGUAAAAGCUGCUCCUGAUAUUACUGGGCACAAGCGAAGUGAGAACAAGAACGAAGGGCAGGAGGCACUGAUGUAUUGCAAGUCGGUGGGCUACCCACAUCCAGAGUGGACGUGGUACAAAAAAAUCAACGGGAUGUCUGUGAGUAUUGACAACUCUUCGGGACGCUUCUUCAUUAACAACAAAGAGAAUUACACCGAACUCCGUAUUCAGAGCCUCCACAUCACUCAGGACCCUGGCGAUUACGAAUGCAAUGCCACCAACUCCAUCAACACGACCGCCAAAAUCACCAUCCUCCGUGUACGCAGCCACUUGGCUCCUCUCUGGCCCUUCCUGGGAAUUCUGGCGGAGAUCAUCAUUCUUGUAGUUAUCAUAGUUGUUUAUGAGAAAAGGAAGAGGCCAGACGAGGUUCCAGACG